AUGGCUCAACGUCAGCUGUCCCGUACGCUCCCCAAGAACUUCACUUUCUCCCUCGAAAAUGAGCCCAAGACUCCCGAGCGGCGCAACACCAUCAUCGACGUCCCGCCUCCUCCUCGUCACUCAAUCCACAGCUGUCGUCUACCCCGACAAAGGGCGCGCGCUGGUACCAAUGUUUGCGCACGCGUGGAUAUGGAUAUUUUCCAGUUCAAAGGCUCCGACGUGCCACUGCCGUCGAUCGAAGUUCCGCAAUCAAGUGACUUCAACGCGCCUAUCCUUGGUGACGGCCUCAACGAUGAGGGAUUCCUUGCGCCUCCUCGCUCACGUAUGGAGUUUAAGACACCACCUGCGCAGAUCCGUGGCACUCCGCUAGACAUGGGCGACACCGAGAGCAAAUGGCCCUCAUGGGACCAGACACCCGCUCCUAACAGUAUCAAGCGCCCAGGCUCAGCCUGCUCAAGCUUUUCUAACUCUUCUGUCGAAUCCAUUGAAACAUUCGCGUCGCGACCAUCAGUAGGAAGCUGCACCAGUGUCGAGAGUGACCUUUUUGAUUCAUACUUCCCUUUGGAGAUUCCCAAGGAAUCCGAGAUGGAGUCGCCUUCACGACCUCAGAAGCAGACCGUGCAUGUGAAGAAGGCCCAGACCUGCUGGACCCGUGAGAUGGACAACCAUUUGUGGAACACCUACCAAAUCUACCUCCAGGACCCUACCAUGACCCCCUUCAAGAUGACACCGGGAAGUAUUCCUCCUCUUGGCGUCACAUCGCGAGUUUCCCGCCGUGCUAGGAAGACCUGGGAAAAGAAGCGCAGUCGCAUUGGCGCUUCUGCCGAGAAUGCCUUUGGAGCCUCCACCCCCAAGGCACAGGCCGAGGGAGCCCUACCAUCAUGGCCGAAGUCUGACUCUAAAACUCGACGACGCCUCAAGUUGCUCUGUCGUCGCAAGUUCUCUAUCUCUCCUCACUACCAGCGCAUCAUGCAAUCUCGGACCCCCGAACCCACGACGGAGGUCACGGAGAUGUAUGGGCCUCCCGAGGAUACCCGAGUACAAGACUUUGCCAACAACUCAGCCUACGCGACUCGCGACCUUGGUGUCUCACUUGUCAGCUCCCAGCCGACACCCCUUACCCGAGUCACACAAGACUUCCCGUCCACCGAAAACUGGUUCAACGACCCAGUUCCCGACAACGUCCUGCCCGCUGUGGCGAGGACUCCAGGCCACCUCCGUGUUGGAUCAGCCCCCAGUAUCCCGCGCCUGGGAUCACCGUUCGUCUACAAUACAUGGGCCCCAGGGAGAUCAAACCGCCAGGCUCAUGCUUCCAAAACCCCUCGACGCGAAACCAUCCAUGCUCCUGGUGGCCGUGCCCGCCGCAACACGUACUUGGACCAAUCCGUGCAAAAUCCCGACGACGUUUUUGCCGCGACACCGCAUAAGAACACCAAUCCCUCAGAGGAAGAGGUCGACCGUCGCCUUGAGGACUACGUCCGCGACAACAAGUUCCAAAACAUGGGUCAUGGCCGAGUUCGUGUUCGUAACCGUGGUGCCACCACUGGUGCUGUGAACCCGCGCGAUAUGGACCAGCUCUUCUCUCCACCUUCUUCACUCAACUCGGGCCCGAUUGAACCCGAAGAGACCACCCCUCUCGGCAAGCCGAACAAUCCAUUGUUGGAUCUUGGCGAAAACAUCAAACGCCUUGGCUCACCUUUCCGGAUUGAAGGAGGUUUCAAACGCCGUGAACCUCCCUCUCGACCCUCUCGGGCUGUGCCUACACUUUCUGAUCCCUUCUCGAGCGGUGAUCCAUCUUACGUUGCGCCCCAUGACGCCACGUCUCCCAUGCAGGUCUCACCAACUCAGAUCCACGAGAAAGCACCUCUGCCAUACAACGCCAAUGAGGAUGGUCUUUCUGAUGCUGAGCGGAUUCGCCGGCAAAUCUUGAAUAUGCCUUUUACGCGCAACUAG